GCGGCCGGCCGGCCGGGUCAGCGCGGGCGCGGCGGCGGGCCGGCUCGGCGUGCGCGCGGCGCUCGCCGCCGCCCUUCUCGGCGGCUGCGCGCGAGCCCAGGCCGAGGCCGAGGAGGAAGUGGCGGCGGCGGCGGCGGGACUGCGCGCCCGGAGCCCCGUUCCGCGUCCCCGCCGCCGGGAGGAGGUGCCCGCACGCUCGCGGCGCGCGCCGGCCGCCAGACUCGGCCUGUGGCGAUUCCCCGGCCCCGGCCCCCGCCCGAGGAGGAAGAUGCAGACCUUUCUGAAAGGGAAGAGGGUCGGCUACUGGCUGAGCGAGAAGAAAAUCAAGAAGCUCAAUUUCCAGGCCUUCGCCGAGCUGUGCAGGAAGCGAGGGAUAGAAGUUGUGCAGCUGAACCUCAGCCGGCCCAUCGAGGAGCAGGGCCCCCUGGACGUCAUCAUCCACAAGCUGACCGAUGUCAUCCUUGAAGCCGACCAGAACGACAGCCAGUCCCUGGAGCUGGUGCACAGGUUCCAGGAAUACAUCGAUGCGCACCCCGAGACCAUCGUCCUAGACCCCCUCCCUGCCAUCAGGACCCUGCUGGACCGCUCCAAGUCCUACGAGCUCAUCCGGAAGAUUGAGGCCUACAUGGAAGACGACAGGAUCUGCUCACCGCCCUUCAUGGAGCUCACGAGCCUGUGCGGGGACGACACCAUGCAGCUGCUGGAGAAGAACGGCCUGGCCUUCCCGUUCAUUUGCAAAACCAGAGUGGCUCAUGGCACCAACUCUCACGAGAUGGCCAUUGUGUUCAACCAGGAGGGCCUGAGCGCCAUCCAGCCCCCCUGCGUGGUCCAGAAUUUCAUCAACCACAACGCCGUGCUGUACAAGGUGUUUGUGGUCGGCGAGUCCUACACCGUGGUCCAGAGGCCCUCGCUCAAGAACUUCUCCGCGGGCACGUCAGGCUCCUCCCCAGGACCGUCUCUCAUGCCCCCCGUCUGGACUGGCUCUGGUCGGAGCAGAGGGAGGACUGUCGGGCACACCGGGGCGGCCAGGGGCCUCUGUGCCCCGCUAGCGGGAAGGAUGCCAGAUCGUGAGUCCAUCUUCUUUAACAGCCACAACGUGUCUAAGCCGGAGUCGUCGUCGGUCCUGACCGAGCUGGACAAGAUCGAGGGCGUGUUCGAGCGGCCGAGCGACGAGGUCAUCCGGGAGCUCUCCCGGGCCCUUCGGCAGGCGCUGGGCGUGUCGCUCUUCGGCAUCGACAUCAUCAUCAACAACCAGACGGGGCAGCACGCCGUCAUCGACAUCAACGCCUUUCCAGGCUACGAGGGCGUGAGCGAGUUCUUCACAGACCUCCUGAACCACAUCGCAACCAUCCUGCAGGGCCAGAGCGCAGCCACGGCAGCCGCAGGGGACGUGGCCCCACCGAGGCACAGCAAGGCCCUGGUCGAGCCGGCGGGCGGCCUGGCCGGCGAGCGGACGUGCAGCGCCAGCCCCGGCUGCUGCGGCAGCAUGGCGGGCGAGGAGGCGCCUUGGAAGGCCGAGGCCGACGCGGGGGGCACCGCCAAGCUGCCGCACCAGAGACUCGGCUGCACGGCGGGCAUGUCGCCCAGCUUCCAGCAGCACUGCGCGGCCUCCCUGGCCACCAAGGCCUCCUCCCAGUAGCCGCGGAGCCGGGACCCAGAGGGGCGGCGCGGGGCACACCCGCCGGGCAAGCAGCUGCUACUAAGAGUUCCCAACGAUCUGAUUCUUUUUCUUAAUUUUUAACCUGA